UAAAAACGUCAAGCUUACGGAUAAAGAAAAGAAACAACUAGCCAGGUACAAGCAUGAUAUUUUGAACAUAGUGAAAGAUAAAUCAGUAUCGAGAAGAAAAAAGUACAUAACGCAAAGUGGAGGCUAUCUUCCGAUCAUUAUCCCGGCAGUUGUUUCACUCUUGACAUCUUUAAUAAAUGGCUGAAAUUGUUAAAAAAGAAUAUCCUCUCAUCACUGCCAAAAUCGGAACUUUACCUCAAUCAGAAGAAAAAUCAGCCAUUGUACAAAACGCACUCAAUCCUAUUUUUGUACGGAAAAUUCUCAAGUUGAGUCUGAAACUAGCAUUUUCAGGUGUUUAUAAUGAAAAGAUGAAUCUGGUUAUUAAUGGGUCUGAAAUCAAGAACACUAAUUUACUUAAGUAUUUGAUUUCGGCUGUUACUGAAGAAAACUCACCGAUUCUAUGGCCAACCAGUUUGGUGACCAUAUUAAGAAGAAGUAACAUAUUACCUAGUGAUGUGUUACACAAGUCAUUGAAAAAAUUGUUGAAAUCAAACCAUAAAAAGAGAAGUAUCAUCAUUGAUAGCAGACCCCCUCCAUCCUAUUCAUUUCCGGUUACGUUUCCUAAUAUUUAUGCUGAACCAAUUGAUGAAAUCGCAACACACGAAUCUGAUGCAGGGAUAGUGAAAAAAUCUCGAAAUCCGAGAAAAAGAAAAUUAGUUGAAAACUUAUACGACAACAUAAGAUUUUCUGACAGGAUUGCAGACAAGAAAAAGAAGUUCGACGGACAAAAUGGUAACUCAUACUUCAGUUCAUCAAAAUGGUGUAGAAUCAGCGAAUGAAAAAAUUGAAACAGUUUUAAAACGAUUGUAUUACAAUGUCGAAAAAACUGGAUCGCUAUCUUCAGUCAAUAAACUUUACAUUGCUGCAAAAGAGCUAAUUCCUGAAAUCACGAUAAAUCAUGUGAAAAACUGGUUAAAAACACAGCUUACAUACACUUUGCAUAAACAAGCUCGGAAAAAAUUUAAGCGAAAUAAA